GAAACAAGUAGAAGGCUUAAAGCCCAAAGAAAACCAACCCAGCUGGUAGAGUCACGCAGUAAGCCAGUAAUUCGGACGACAGAAGCGGCGGAGGAUCGUCCCAGACAGUGUCCCUUUCUCAAGGUGGGGAGGUCUUUUUUGUAAUUUUAAUCAUACACCUCUCUGUUCCUCAGAUUCAAAAUGCCUCUCCAAUCUCUACUUUUUCUGAUCCCUAAUUCUCUUUCAGAUUCUGUUGUUAUUUAAUAAACACAGUUUUUGUUUGGCUUCCUCGUGAAUCAUGGCGAACGCGGCGAUUAUCGCCGAGCUUAACAGGAACACUGAAAACCGUGCUAAGUUAAUUGAAGAAAUUGUGAAGUUGGAGAGAAAGAUCUUUCCCAAACACGAAUCAUACGCCGCAUUCUUCGACAACGAACUCAAACGGAAGAACGCUGGACUUCUCUACCUCCACGCUGAUGCCGAACUUGUUGGCUAUGUCAUGUAUUCUUGGCCUUCUUCCCUCUACGCCUCCAUCACCAAGCUCGCAGUGAAGGAGCAAUGGAGGAAGCAAGGCCACGGCGAGGCACUGCUGAAAGCAGCGAUUCAGAAAUGCAAGACCAGGAAGGUUUCGCGCAUAAUGCUUCAUGUGGAUCCCUCGAGGACACCAGCAGUGAGCCUUUACAAGAAACAUGGUUUUCAAGUUGAUCGCUUGAUUGAAGGUUACUACUCCUUGGAAAGACAUGCAUAUGUAAUGUACUUGGAACUUGAUUCAAAUUGAAGUAGAAAUUUAUAAAAGGAUCUUGUGUUUGUUUUGCCUCAAUGUGAAACAAAGAUCAAUUCUGUAACAUUGUUGAUUAUAUAUACAGGCUUGAAGGUUAUGAUAGACAAGCAAUUCUAAUCUACUUUAUUCUUUUUGGGGUAACAUACAUUCAUAUUUCAUAGACAAGCAUUUGUGCCUACUUUUGUAUUCCAAGGUAAGGGGGAAAUGAUUUUUAUGUAUUGUGAGGACCAGCAACCUUCUUUCUACAAGCAGAGAGAGAUUGGAUCUUAAGGUUUAA